AUGCAGUCCCAGGGCAGCACGUCAUCGCAACCCUCCUUCGACUCCCUGAGCUCCAGCGACAGCCUCCUGUUCAGCGACUUGGACGACACUGACGUAUUCCUGACCGACGCGUCCUCCUCGUCGGCGCUGCUGGACACUGCGGAGAGCACACCGGCCGCCGCCAACGCCAGCCGGGCGUCCGACAGCCCCGGGUCACAGUGGGCGUGCGACGGGUUCAAAGAUGAAGAAGAGGACGCAUACUCGGGCGACAUGGCGCCACCUGAGGUUCCAAAAUCGGAGGGAGACCUGCUGUUUGCCCAGAAGUGUGCUGAGCUCCAGGGUUUUGUCAGGCCCCUGAUGGAGCUGCUAAAUGGGCUGAAGAAAGGCCGGUUCGAUCGCGGUCUAAGUAGUUUCCAGCAGAGUGUCGCCAUGGAUCGCAUCCAGCGAAUCAUAGGCGUUUUACGGAAACCAAACUGCGGGGAGAAGUAUCUGAACACGCUUCUGCAGGUGGAAAUGAUGCUGAAGGUGUGGUUUCCCCAUAUCUCCACUCAACCGGUCUCUGCCGCCUCUAGCGUUGCCAAUUCGCCCGCCCGCUCCCUCCAAGACGCGACGGGCACCACGCCGCCACACAAGCACAGGGAUCAGCUGCAUAUCCCGGUUAAGAAACGCCGACUCAGCUGGACGGGAACUGAGUCUCCUACGCCUUCUCCGGGGCUCCCCAAGUGCCCUCGCCUCAAUGCACAAGAGAAGAAGAAGCAGGACGAGAGUGGAGAAGAAGAGGAAGACAAAGAAGGAGGCAGGUCCCCUCCUCCUUCGUCCUCAUCUUCACACCAAAUUUCCCCAACCGCCGGGCCAAAGGGAAACGACAGCGACUGUGACGAUUCGGGUAAGCCGACAGACUACAGAACGGGUCGGGGGUCCGAGCCCAGCCUCACGUGGGUGCACGUCGCCCCCAUCCCGUCUCCGCGGAAGACUGGCUCGCCGACAUCGAGCGGCGACGAGAACGGGCCCGGCCCGGCCACGCAGGACAGCGCAGUCUCUUCCACUACGCCCCCCAAGCACAGCAAAAAUCAAAAGAAAUCCGCACGCUGCCAAAGUCAACCUGUCACCGAGCAGGGCGACGACACCCGCCAAGGUCCUAGUCGGGUUGUCAAGCCUUUAAACCGGGUUGGCCCCGCCCCCGCGGAGACUUGA